AUGUCUGAAGAGUUCGAGUUCAAGCCUAUGUCAUUUCCACCGGCCGUUGUUGCGCGUAUAUCGCCAGAAUUAUCAUUACAAAGACAUUUAGCCAUUGGUAUAAGACCAAAUUUAAGAAAAUUUGAAGAAUUUAGAAAUAUUGAAUUCAAUGAUGGUGGCUUAAGUCGAUAUGGUUCUGAUGACCAAAUUAAGAAUACUUCAGUUUUAGGUUCCUCUGUUUUGAAAUCUGGUAAUACCACUGUUAUAACUACAAUUACUGCUGGUAUUAUUGAAGAAGAUUUACCAGCUCAUGAAAUUAAUGAUGACGCUGCUGCUGUUAAUGCAGUUUUCGCUAAAGACAAAACUGAUGAUUCUAAUAAUGAUAUACCGAAGAGUCAAUUGGAUGAAUAUGAAAGUAUAUAUCCAGUUGUUGAAGUGGAAAGAGGUAGAGUUGGUGCACCAACUGAUGAAGAAAUGAUUUUAUCACAAAAAUUAUAUGAAACUUUUUUACAUUCUAAAAUUUUAUCCAAAGAUUCAUUAAAAGUUAAAGUUGGUCUAAGGAGUAUUGAUUCCCAAGGGAAAGUUGAUAUUUAUUACAAAGAUGAUGAUGAUGAUUCAGAAGAUUUUGGAUUAGGACCAAAAAGAAGUUGGAAAUUUGUUCUUUAUGCUAAAGUUAAAGUUUUCAGUCGUUCAGGUCCAUUAUUUGAUUUGGUUUGGGCUUCUGUUUUAUCUGCUUUACAAAAUACCAAGUUACCAAGAGCUCAUAUUGAUGAAAAUGCUGCUGAUAUUAAGAUCCCUGUCAAGAUGCGUGGGAAUCAUGGUACUAUAAGAGAACAAUAUCAAAUUAUCUGUGAUGCAAUCUCUAGGGAUCCAUUGAAGCUAAAUAACGAAGCUAUAGGGAUUUCAUCAAAUUUUGGAAUCAUUGAUAUUGAUGAAGAAUCAAUUCAAACUCUACAAAAUGAAGAUUCAAUGGAAAUAGAUUCAAAAUCCAUAUUAUUGACAGAUAUUGAAGGCGAAGAAGAAGAAAUUUCUUCUAAAAAAACUAUUUCAAUAGUUUCAGAUAGAGAUAGUAAGAAUUUAAAAUCAUUAACAAUAAUAGGAAAUGUUUCAAAUGAUCAACUACGGAAAUCUUUUGAAUUAACUAAAUUCAGAUUUAAACAUUUUGCUAAAUAA